AUGACGUCCCGACGCUCUGGGGAAUAUGAUAUAGUGGAAGAUGCUAACUCCUGCUUCCGAGUCCCAGUCGAUGUUCUCUGUAACGUGAGGCUGGGUACCGGGUCUCUUCCAUCUUUGGUUGAUGUGCAACUAACAACUAGCACUGCUUUUGCCACAACUGUUUCUCAACCUACAAUGCCAUUAGCUUCAUAUCCUUCUUCGCCAACUUUGCCUUUACGACCAGCAACUGCUACAUCAUCUCCACCGGCCGCAGUCAUCCAAGAAGAGGAUGUACCUCUUCCCCAGUCCCUAGUUCAUGGGAAUUUGGGACAUAACUAUUCGGCCCCCUCCGAAGAUCCUCAGAGGAGGAAGAAUGUUUCCCUCUCUAUUUCUACCGAAUGCCAUCUACUGUCCCCACCGGUGGAAUUUGCUAAUUAUCUAAAGCCUCUGGCUUCAGAAAAGGAUAGGAAAAAAAUACAAUCUCUCUCGGGAGAGUGUAUGGCUAACUUCCUUGCUUCCGAAGGCCUUCAGAGGUUGAUCGUUGACAAGGAGAAACUCACCUCCGAGUGGGAUCAAUUAUUGACCGAGCGAGAUCAAAUUACUGCUCGCCUUCCGGAACUAGAAGCACAAGCCGCUGAGGCCAUUGAGUUGGAGGCUCGUUUGCAGCAAAGCGAGCAAGAGGUAGUGACCCUCGGCCAAGAGGCCGCCCUGUUAAGGGUACAAUUUGAAGAAGCUAAGGCAACGUGGGUUGAGGUCCAGAAUACUGUUCUUGCUGCUGCCGAUCGCAGGGCUGUAUCUACUGAAAGACUAAAUAAUUUGGAGGCAGUCAUGAACUCCAAAGCUGAAGAAGUUGCUGCUGCUGAGGAGAAGUAUACACGGUUGGAAAAGAGGCAUGAGAGAGUCAUAGAGCAUAACAAAGUUUAUAACUCCACUAUCUGUAACCUUGAUGUCACCCUCCAGGCCGCUAGAUCUGAGCAGAAUAACCUUUCGACCGGGCAUGAGGAGAAAAACCUUGGAAGAGGCCUAAGCGUCGUUGGCUUUGAUGCCAAAAUCGCCAAGGCUCGUGAGCUGGAGUCAACUGCCCGAAGGGGUCUCCCAGUUCAACCUGAUGCUACUGACUUUUCUGGUUCCGGUUCUGAGUUCUUGGGAACUAAAGAAGAACCUGAAGGGGAUGAUGUUGAAGGCCAAGAUCUUGAGCCGGCGGCGGAUCCGCCUACUUCUCCUGUGGGUGCAAAUGCUUCUCUUCCUCCGGAUUUCGGGGAUGUAGUAGCUUAG